AUGAAAAGCAUGAGACUGUUUCUUUUACUUGCUUUCAAUGCUCUCAUGUUACUUGAAGCAUCUGGUUUUAACCAUGAAACUGAUAGGCAAGCGCUGCUCGAGUUCAAGUCUCAAGUAUCUGAAGAGAAAAGAGUUGUCUUGUCCUCAUGGAACCACUCAUUCCCUCUAUGCAACUGGAAAGGGGUCACAUGUGGCAACAAACACAAGAGAGUUACAUGUUUGGACCUAGGAGGAUUGAAAUUAGGCGGAGUGAUAACACCAUCUAUUGGUAAUCUUUCCUUCCUCAUUUCGCUUAAUCUCUCUGAUAACUCUUUUGGUGGAACCAUCCCUCAAGAAGUGGGAAAUUUGUUUAGACUUGAAGACUUGUAUAUGAGCUUUAAUUUUCUCGGAGGUUUGCUUCCAGCAAGUUUGUCUAACUGCUCUAGAUUGUUGGCCCUUGAUUUGUUUUCAAAUCAUCUUGGAGGAGGUGUUCCUUCAGAACUAGGGUCAUUGGCAAAGCUUGUUGCUUUAGAUCUUAGUAACAAUAAGCUGAAAGGGAAGCUCCCUGCAUCUUUAGGAAAUUUGACAUCUCUACAACAAGUUGGCCUAGCAUAUAACAAUCUCCAAGGAGAUUUUCCAAACGAAAUAGCAAGGUUGAGUCAAAUGGUGACCCUUGAAUUAUCAGUGAACAAUUUCUCUGGCGUUUUCCCUCCAGCUAUCUACAAUUUGACCUCGCUUGAGUAUCUAUACAUCCAUAGUAGUGGUUUCUCGGGUAGCUUAAGGCAUGAUCUUGGUGAUCUUCUACCAAACAUUCGAGAGUUAGCUAUGUCGGAAAAUUAUCUGACAGGAGACAUUCCGACAACACUACCAAACAUAUCAACUCUGGAAAUGUUUGGCAUUGGUAAAAACAAGAUGACAGGAAGUAUUUCUCCCAACUUUGGGAAAUUACAGAAUUUGCAUUACUUGGAACUCGCUCUUAAUUCUUUGGGAAGUUACUCUUUUGGAGAUCUUGAGUUUCUUGAUGCCUUGACCAAUUGCACCCACUUACAUAUCUUAAGUGUGGCUUACAAUAGGCUCGGAGGUGCCUUGCCUACAUCCAUUGCCAAUAUGUCCACGAACCUCAUGGGUUUAAACCUUGGAGGAAACCUCAUUUCUGGAAGCAUUCCUCACAGUAUUGGGAAUCUCUUAGGCUUACAAUCACUUCUGCUGGAAGAAAAUAUAUUGACCGGACCGCUCCCAACUUCUCUUGGGAAGCUUCUAGGGUUGGAGUUUUUAAGUCUAUAUUCGAAUAAGAUGUCAGGAGGGAUACCAUCUUUUAUAGGCAACCUCACUCGGUUAGGAAGACUCUAUUUGUCCAACAAUAGUUUUCAAGGACUUGUUCCUCUAAAUCUUGGUAACUGUAGUCACAUGCUUGAUUUACGGAUUGGGUAUAAUAGGUUGCAUGGGACUAUACCUAGGGAAGUUAUGCAGAUCUCAACCCUUGUUACCCUAACCAUGGAACGUAAUUCCUUGACCGGCACUCUACCACAAGAUGUUGGACGACUUGAGUAUCUCACCGAACUAUCUGUUUGGGGUAACAAGUUAUCGGGGAAAAUGCCACAAACGUUAGGAAACUGUCUCUCUAUGGAAGAGCUUUAUUUGCAAGAAAAUUCAUUUGAUGGAGGUAUUCCAGAUAUAAGAAGGUUGGUGGGUGUCAAAAGAGUUGAUUUGUCGAAUAAUAAUCUCUCUGGAAGUAUACCUGAAUAUCUUGCAAACUUCUCCUCGUUGGAGUAUCUUAAUCUAUCUGUUAACAACUUCGAGGGAAAGGUGCCAACAGAAGAAAAGUUUCGUAAUGCUACAAUUGUUUCAGUGUUUGGAAAUAAAGAUCUAUGUGGAGGCAUCAAGGAAUUGCAACUAAAGCCAUGCUUUGCACAAGCACCGCUAACAAAGACAAAGCAUUCCUCUCUUUUGAAGAAAGUUGUGAUAUGGGUUAGCAUCGGCGUGGCUUUGCUUUUACUGUUGUUCGUAGCUUCAUUUUAUCUAUGUUGGCUCAGAAAAAGAAAGAAGAAUCAUCAAACCAGUAAUCAAGCUCCUUCUUCAUUGGAGGUCUUCCAUGAGAAGAUAAGUUAUGGAGAUGUUCGAGAUGCGACAGAUGGCUUCUCUUCGAGGAAUAUGGUUGGGUCAGGCAGUUUUGGUAAUGUGUUUAAGGCGUUUCUCCCAACGGAGAACAAGGUUGUUGCAGUGAAAGUUCUAAACCUGCAAAGGCAUGGAGCAAUGAAGAGUUUCAUGGCAGAAUGUGAAUCUCUGAAGGACAUAAGAUCCGACGAUGUGGCUUCUGUUUUGGACUAUCUUCAUGUUCAUUGCCAUGAACCUAUAGCUCAUUGUGAUCUUAAGCCAAGCAACGUUCUCCUAGACAAUGAUCUUACAGCCCAUGUUAGCGAUUUUGGUCUGGCUCGGCUUCUCCUCAAAUUGACAAAGAGUCCUUUCUUCAACCAACUAAGCUCGGCUGGCGUAAGAGGAACCAUUGGCUAUGCCGCACCAGAAUAUGGAAUGGGAGGGAAGCCAUCAAUACAUGGUGAUGUGUAUAGCUUUGGGGUUCUGCUUUUGGAGAUGUUCACAGGAAAAAGACCAACCAAUGAGUUAUUUGGAGGAAGUUGUACCCUACACAGCUACACCAAGUCGGCGUUGCCAGAGAAAGUAUUGGACAUCGCAGACCAAUCAAUUCUUCACAGUGGUCUCAGAGUUGGUUUCCCUGUUGCUGAGUGCUUAACACUGUUUUGGAGGUGGGGCUUAGGUGUUGUGAAGAAUCUCCGACGAACCGGUUGGCAACGAGUGAAGCCACAAAGGAGUUAA